AUGAGUCGUCGCUCAAUUCUUCACUUCAUUUCCAUAUUUCUAUUCAUUUUACUUCUGAGGUUAGGAUCAACAAAUGCACAAGAUACUCCUCCGGUCGAUCCGUCGGCUGGACUUGACCCUGGUGGACUAACUCUGCCUGAGCAUUUUGUCAUCAAAAAGGAACCGCGAUCUCCGUGGUCUCAACUCGGCGUCACUCUACCAAUGCACCGAACUGAUUUCGAGCAAUUCAUCGCCAAAGUCGUUGACGUGACGGAAAAAGUCCCUCAUAACCUUCGUGACGUGAAUCGCACUUUUUUGGCGUCGGUUGAGGACGCAUCGGUGAUAAAAAUUCACAAUUUACAUCCCGGACAUAGAUACAGCAUAACGAUAAUUGGCCGACGAUCGGAUAGCUCGGAGAAGAUCAAGAGCGAGCUGAUCACUAUGGAUCCACAAUCUCCAGAAAUCGUGCUUGACAAAGAUGUAACGAUCACUGAAAACAACAUCACUUUACGGGCCACGAAAACCAAUAAAGCUGUUCAGGACCUCUUCAGCAUCGACUACAUUCAGGUGGAACCCGAGGAACGCUUUUCGACACUAGAAGUACUCGACAUUGCCGAGCAACAAGAUUUGGAGAUCUAUUUGGGGAAUUUGAACCCAGGACGGGAGUAUCGCAUCAAAAUCACCUCAGUCCGUGGCGGGUUGAAGAGUCGACCCUGGGAGGCAACACUGGCCACAAAACCCGCACCUCCGUCGAAUCUUCGCGCAACGGAUAUGCCGCCAAAUUGCGUUCGCCUCGAGUGGGAUAUCGCCGCUGAAUCCGGCUCGGACGGCUUUGAAGUCGAGUAUGGGUCGAAGCAGAGCGAAAACGUUCAUAAGCUAUCGGUGAGUGACGCGCACUCGUCACUUCUUUGCGACAGUAUUCAGCCGGGUCGCCGUUUUCGUUUCAGUGUUAUCACGAGAAAAGGGUUAUCCCUUUCCUCCCCAUCGGUCGUCUUGCACGAUGUGAAACCACUAGCUCCAUUGGAUUUCAAGGUGAAACCCGAUCUAACGAAAGGUAAAUACCGAGUAGAGACGCAACUCUCCGAUUCGUCAUUCUCUGAUCAUUGCCAUCUCACUGUGAUCUCCGAGUCGUUGACGAGAAGCGAAGUGGAAAGUCCGCUAGAGAACGGGGCUACUAGCUGUAUCUUUUAUCUACCGCUGACUCCGGGAGAGCGCUUUGAGUUUGCUGUUUCUUCCUCGUCGAAUAAUGUCCCAAGUACAAGACUCCAGAAAAGUAUCGUUCUCGGUCCAGCUUUUGAUAUGAAAACUUUUGGAUUGAAUAUUCAGGAAACAAAAUCUGGUCUUGAACUUCAAUGGCCCCAAAGCGAGGUGUUUAUGUCGAGGAUGAAAGAUAUGUGGGCAAAGAUUGUCGGCUUUUCAUCAGUGCUUCAACUAAGAGUGACGCCGUUGGAUCGAAAUCGCUCAAAAGAAAGAACACGACAAUUCGAAUCCGAACCAUCAAAAGGACAACCGAUUGUUGUGACUGGGUUGAGGAAAGGAGCGUGCUAUCAGGUGCAAAUCUACACAGUUACUCGAACGGGCAUCGUCUCGGAAGCUCGAUACAAUGAGAGCAUUCGAAUGGCCGCUCCAUCAAUCAGCCUUCUCCUCGACACCGUCACGCAUACAUCGGGAACACUGAAGAUUGAUGCAAAUCUAACGGAUCCAUUGCACGGUGCUCCGAAUCCAGACUGCCAGCUUUCAGUCACGGUCAAUGACAUGCAUCAAAUGGUUGUUUUCGAUCGCCGACUCCCACUGAGCUCCGACAUGCCACCGUUGGAAUUAACCGGAUUGCGACCCUAUCACAAGUACAAUGUCAACUCACAGGUGAUCUGCGGUGGGUCAACAUCGACUCAAUGUGCUCCAUCGAGUCGAACGAUGCGAUCUCUCUCAUUUUCGACGCGGCAAGACCGACCCGGACCUGUGCAAGCGCUUCAAGUGAAACCCCUAAACCCAUAUUCGGUGCAACUCACCUGGCUCCCACCAGCACUCCCGAACGGAAUCUUGACUCACUACGUUGUCGGUGUUCAGCCAACGGAAAGCACUCAAGAAGCAUGGUCGGUGAAUGUGGCGUUAACGAAUAAACGAGCUGAUCACACCGUGGAAGCGGUGAUCGAUGGAUUGACCGGCGGAGAGACAUACAAAUUUGAGGUUCGCGCUGUGACUGAGGCCGGCUCGGGCGAUCCGCCUGCAUCGAAUGAUUUGGCCACAAUAUCGAUGCCAAUCAUGGCUCCCCCAAAACCCCUCUCAACGCUGGACGUCGUUUUGGACACGAUCAGCCCGCAAACGAUGACCAUUCGAUACACCACACAAAUGUUCGACUCGAAGAAUGGACGAGUGACAAAAUCAGCAAUGAUCGUGGCUGAAGUAACCGCUGAUGGACGAGUGAGCGAGACAUGGCUCUAUGCUGAGAAUAAAACCUAUACAUGGGUCGAGGUUCAGCGCUUCGACGUUUGGCCAGCCUACACGGCCACCGCAAACGAAGUGCCCAUCACGAAGCGAGCCGCGCAAACACGCACGAUUAGCGAGGUGAUCGGCUCGAAUCCGAACUGUCGUGAUCUUCCGGCGGACGUUGUGUGCAACGGUCCGCUUAAACCGGGCACCGCCUACAAGUUCAAAUUGCGCAUUUUCACCGCACCAAAUCUCUGGACCGACACCGAUUACAGUCCGAUUGUGCAAACCGAACCUCUCCCCUCGGGCAUUUCGACUCGUCUCAUUGUGUGGACUCUGUCAGCUCUCGUCAUCGUCGGACUCCUUUGCGCGCUUUGUCUCGCUAUUUGGAAUCGAAACAAGAGCAAACGAAAUCCCUCUUUCACCGCGAAUUCGAAAGAAGGACAGUGGGCAGCGCUGAAGAUGAUCAUGGCAGAGAGAGCCGCUGACUGCCUUGCCAAGCUCGGCCUGGACAGUACCCCGUCAGCUCCUUGUGGCUCCACGUCACCCACUCAACCAGCUGCUCAACACCUACAACAGCCAACAUUUGGACAUCAUAGAAGAUGUCGAAGUUUACGAGAGCGAACCGGUGUCGAUCACCGUUUAGAGAGACUCCCGUCUGGACCAGCCAUCUUCCGCACUCCCAUCUACACAGUCAUGUCCGGAACAAACACAAAUAAGAGUCGCCCUGUUCGCAUUCAGGAUUUCGCGGAUCACGUACGCUUGAUGAGCGCUGACUCAGAUUUUCGCUUCUCUGAGGAGUAUGAGCAACUCAAAAACGUCGGCAUUGGACAGAGUAUUGCUGCGGCGGAGAUGACCGUGAAUCGCGUUAAGAAUCGCUUCACAAACAUUCUCCCCUACGAUCACUCUCGGGUGAAAUUGGUGAAAACUGAGGAUGAGGAGGGAGCCGAUUACAUAAACGCAAAUUACAUGCCGGGAAUCAACUCGAGACGUGAGUUCAUCGCGGCUCAAGGUCCCCUACCCUCGACGAGAGAUCAUUUCUGGCAAAUGGUCUGGGAACAACAAUGCCCAGCAAUCAUUGCGCUGACGAAAUGCGUUGAAAAGGGUCGAGACAAAUGUCACCAAUAUUGGCCCGACGCCGAGCAUAUGAGCGUUCUUUAUGGAGAUAUUGAGGUAACUUUAAUGUCCGAGCAGCAAUAUGACGAGUUUGUGGUUCGCGAAUUGCGUUUGUGCAAUCUCGGCGAGAACUCGCAACCCCGACACGUGCUACACUUGCACUACAUGGCUUGGCCUGAUUUCGGAGUGCCCGAUCAUCCACAAGGGAUUGUUAGCUUAGCGAGACUCUUCCGCGUUCGUUUACCCCACUCACCGCAUAACAAGCCAACGAUCGUUCAUUGCAGUGCUGGUGUCGGUCGAUCGGGUACCUUCAUGGCGUUGGAUCGUCUUGUGCGGGGGAUGAGUCUCGAUCAUCCGAUCGAUGCUUUUGGUACAGUGCAUGAGAUGCGUCUAGAGCGAUGUCAUAUGGUACAAAAUGAGCAACAAUACAUCUUCAUCCACCAUUGCUUGCUGUUCGUCUUGCAGAGUGGUUUGUUGACCGAGUGGUCGCAGCCGAUCGCCGGCGUGCAGCUGAUUGGACCCGAUUUCCACAACGGUAUCCAAACUGGCACACCUCGCGUCGAAAUCCAUCAAAACCCAGCGUUUAUCGAGGACGAUGAAGGGAUUGCUGAGAGUGGAUUU